GGUUGCUCAGUUUAAUUAAACAUUUCCACUUCUAUUGUAUCUCAUAUGUUAUCUCACUGUCAUUGACAAUUAGUUGAUUGUUCCCUUGUUGUGAUGACUGAUCGAAUUGCGAAUCAUCUAUUACAAUCAAUUCCAGAGGAAUCUUCUUAUAAUAAUUCUGCUUCUGUUGCAUAUGAUCAAAGCCAAGAUUCGAUCAGUUCAUUGGAUGGAACUCAUUUUUGGAGUAUUUCUUUGGAUGACACUCCAAUUCUACCAGCUAUUGAUGGUAAAAAAGUGAAAACAUUUGACGAGCUUGUGGAAUAUGCUCUUCAGCGAGAUGAUAGUCCAGCUAAUUUAGGUAUGGAAGAUACAGAGAAACCAAAGAAACCUUUUCUUAGAAAAGGUUCUGGACUGGUUAGAUUUGCUCCUAAACCAGAUACACCGAAACGAGAGCGUCGACAUUGUUGCCGAAAAAAAUUGGAACAACAAUUUAUGGACGAAGCAGAAAAAGUGAACUGUCUCAAUGAGAGACAUUGUUCAAAGAAAAGUGAUCAAACCAAGAGCAAUAAUAAUAUUCGCAAUGACAAUAAUCGGAAAAAAGUGACUAUUAAACCAGCACCUCAGGUUAAUAAUAAUAGUAAACGAUAUGUUUCAGAAUUGAAUGGAGUUUCAAUUCAACCAAAGAAAAUUCAGACAAAUGGAAUCAUAAAUAGCAGACCAACUUCAGGAAAAGAAUCAAAUCCAAUCAUCUCUCGAUAUUCCAAUGAGAUCGAACCAAUUCAACGGGAACAAUCAAAUCAUAUUAUAUCUCAUGAAUUCCUUUCAAAAGAUAAGAAUUGUAAGAAAUUGAGUAGUAUGAACCUUAAGGAGAAACGAGUGAACUUUGAAAACGACGAGCCUCGAGUCGAAGCCCUGGAGCGAUUAUUGAAAAACAUUCAAGUGAAACAACAAGAACUUCAACAACGUGUUUCUGAGGAGCAAUCAGACGAAGAAAGUUGGGAAGAUGAUUACGAGGAAACAGAAUUACUGAGAAAACAGCCAAUUAGAAAUAAAAUUCUAUCGAAACCUUUGCUGAAUAAAAAGAUAACAAGAACCGGAACCUUUACAUUGGGUAAAUCGAGUUCCAAUAAAGAAGAAGCUGAGAUUGAUCUUCUAUCUACUCCUCGAAUUAGCAGUUAUACAUUAUCUCUUAAACAGAAGAUUGAAACACUCGAAGAUCGUCUCAAAGAGUUAACUGUCAAAUGUCAACAGAAUAUCGCUGAUUAUAAAUCUCGAGAAUCACCGAGCGUUGAAAAGUUUUCACCGGAAAAGAUAUUCUCAGAAAUGAGUGAGAUUAAGAAACAUCUCUUUUCAUUGACCAACAAAUUAGAAACAAUUGAAACCAAAUUAUUGACUAAAGAAAAUUCAAACCAAGGAAUCAAAUUAAAUUUACCUUCAUCAAGUGCAAAAGUGAUCACAUCACCAGAAACCUCAUUAUACUCUCAGAUUCAACAACUUCAAACGGGAACUCACCUGACACUUGAUAAUGGCGAUCAAAUUAUGAAGACAAGUGAUGAUACAAUUAUUUACAAUUACGCCUCUGGAGUCAGACAGAUCACUCAUUCUGAUGGAACACGAGUUGUUGAAUUUCCCAGUGGUCAAAUUGAACGAGUCUCCACUAAUGGCACUAAAACAAUAUUCUAUCCCAAUGGUACUCAACGAGUGAUUAGAGCUGAUGGAUCAGAGGAGACGAUAACACCCGAUGGAACAAUUAUCAGAAUUUCAGUUGAUGGAACUGAAAUAAUUGAACUUUCAAACGGUGAAAGAGAAAUUCGAACAAAAGAAUUUAAAAGAAGAGAAUAUCUAGAUGGAACCGUAAAGACAAUUCAUUCGGAUGGGACAGAAGAGACUCGAUUUCCAACUGGACGUUUAAGAAUAAAGGACAGAGAUGGAAAGUUAAUCGCCGAUUCGUUGAUAACACAAUUUCGUGGGAUAACCUAAAUAACAUUAAUUAUUAUUCUAUUUUUGAAGAUUUUACCAACCAAUUAACAAUUAUACAAAUGCAAAGUAAAUUUUGUUUGUAAUUUUUAACUCCAUUAAACACUAAGUAUAUAUAAUAUAUACAUUUCUAAUAUCCAA